AUGGCAUUGCCCAAUCGAUACGCCCCUAUUGCUGCCGACGCUCUCAAUGAGACACAGAAAGAGAUACACGAUUUUUUGGCUGAAUCCAUUGGACAAUACUUCAACCAAAUAUUUACCAUCCAAGACCCGGAAUCAGAAGCCCUUGUUGGACCAUUUACCCAAUUUCUAUACCUUCCCAAACCAAUAGCGUCUGGAUACUUCGCCAAUGGCAGUUCAUUAUCUAAUAUAGUCGAAUUUCCUUUGCGGUGCCGUGAGAUCGCGAUCCUGGCGGUUGGACAAUACUACAAAGCAGAUUACGAGUUAUACAGCCACUCUCGCGUUGCUAAGCAAGUCGGGGUUGAAGAUCACCAAAUUGAAAACAUUCUGAAUGGUAAACCUCCUGGUGGGACUCAGCAAGAACAAGCAUCCUGGCAAAUCGCACGAGCAUUGGUGGAACAGAGGCCUAUUAUCAGUUGA